UGUCUGUCGGUCUCUGGAGCGUUCAAAUGUGAGUCGCCGGUGAAGGAAUGUAAGCAAUGUUAUUGUCGAGCUCGUGUCAUAAGAAAACAUUAUUAGUUUAACUCUUUCGUACGCAGGAAAUAAUGAGUUUCUUGGUAAUUAUUUCGUCUACAGAAGACUAAUAAAUGGUUCCAUGGAAACUGACUGUGAAAUCUGAGCAAUAUCCUCCCAGCCAGAUAACUUAAUAAUGUCCUCGGCUCACAACUUAAGCAUGGACUACUCCUCCAUUGAUGUUCGACUGAAAAUCAUCUGCCUGAGCUUCAUCUUCUACGCCUUCAUCUUCACCCUCUCUCAUAUCCUGUCUAAACUUCUGUGUCGCACCUACCGCUCAUUGUCAGCCAAAGAAAAGGUCUUCUGGGAUCUUGCUGUGACCCGGGCUGUGUUUGGCAUCCAAAGCAUGGUGGCAGGGCUUCGAGCGCUCAUGGAGGACUCUGCUGUCUUUUCUGAUAAGAUUCUGGGGCAAGAGGACUGGUCGUGGUUCAAUGUGCUGUCCGCUACUGGCUUUUUUUUGUUUGAAAAUGUGGCCCUUCAUGGGUCCAACGUGGUGUUCCGGUCCUUCGAUCUGCCGUUAGCUGCACACCACUUCUUUGCCCUUUCAGGGUUUGUUGGGGCGGUUGUGUGGGACUGGCUGGGUCAUUUCUUGCCUAUGGUAACCCUGCUGAUGGAGAUGAGCACACCCUUCACAUGCAUCUCCUGGAUGCUGCUUAAGGUGGGCUGGUCCAGGACUCUGUUCUGGAAAGCAAACCAGUGGAUAAUGAUUCACAUGUUCCACUGCCGGAUGGUUCUGUCCUACUACAUGUGGUGGGUGUGUUGGAAUCACUGGGAGGAGAUGAACACACACAUCCCUCUGGUUCAGAGAUUUCUGUUCUUCAUAGGCCUCUUCCUGCUCACGUUCUUCCUCAACCCCAUUUGGACUCAUAAGAAAACCCUGCAGCUUCUCAAUCCUGUGGACUGGAACUUUGGCAACAUGCCCACACCAGAGAACGGACCAAUCCAAGACCAGGAACGACACAAACCCCACGCCAGCUGAUUACUGCCAAGAUCAAUGCCUUAUGGGAAAUACAGUCUGAGGAAGACUGCUGCUAUAAACAUCAGAUGGGAGCAGAGAGAUAUUAGGCAAUUUUGUGCAGUUGUGUUACUUUUAGUGUUUUUUUUUUUGUUUUUGUUUUUUGUAAAGUUUGUUUAAGAGCUUUAGGUUUAGCACUAACUACUACAAAUUACAACUACACCAACCACUACAAUGUGAGCACACAGAUUGCACGGUUGGUAAAAUUUCUAUAUUUAAAGGAUUAGUUCACCCGAAAAAUUAAAGUCUGUCAUCAGUAUAUCAACCAUUCCAAACCCGGAUGACUUGCUUUCUUCUGUGGCACUCUUUUUAUCCGAAAAAUGAAAGUCAAUGGAGUCCAAAACACCCUUUUUUUUAUGGACCAAAAAGCUGUUUUACAGAACAAAGAAAGUCAUACAGGUUUGUUACAACAUGAAGGUGAGUAAAUGAAUUCAAAUUUUAUGUGAACUAUUUAAAAAUCUUUAAAAAAAUAAUUACAAUUCUGAUGCAUGAAAUCCGUCCGUUUCAUGCAACUUGCUUUCAACUUCCUGUUUGAGUUGAGUUGGGCGUCCUGAAGAAUUAUUUUACUCUUCUGGUAAUUUGGGAGGGGCUGUUUGAGUCUCUUUUCUCUUUGUACAUUGGCAGUAGGUGGAGUACAGGAGAUCUUUGUCUUUUUUGAUCUGAUAGGCUCGUAUUUGUUACUCCCAGAAAUAAAUUGUCUUAUGAUGAAGAAAAUCGUGAUUGCAUCAUGACCAAACAUGAUCUGUCAUCACUUCACUAAACGUCACUCAGAGCUGUAGGCUGCGUUUAGUGAGCAUGUGUGGAUGUUUGACUGAACUCUUUGUGUUCUGCAUAAAAAGGGUUUGUUCUGACUUACUGAAUUAUCUUUGUAGGAAGGAAUGUGUGUGUACGUGCGUACCAGGGAUAGAUAAGGCAUGGAAACGAGUUGUUUUAU